CCCAGCCACACUGAGGGGGCGGGUUCCAUUUCUCAUUUCCUUGUUACAUUGUAUCUCUAAUGAAUGAUUCUCAUUAAACAAUCAGAGCCUGCAGCUGUUCUGUUCUCUAAGUAGCAGUCUAAAGAGUGAGCAUGUCCCCUGAUGAGCUGACCUACCUCGGAAUCUUGAUUUUUUCCAUACCUAUUGGAUUCCUUUUCAAGAAUGCAAGUCCACAAGCGAAGCAGUAUGGGGGGACAGCAGUAGGGGUUCUGCUCACUCUGGCCACAUGUCACAUCCACAUUAUUCAUUCUGUCAUCACCAUACUUGGAACAUGGCUCAUCUUGAAGGUUUCUCCCAGGUCCUGUCACUUUCUGGCGCUCGGAUGGACAUUCACAUACCUGUUUUUCUUCCGGACAGUGACUUACUUUGAACUUCCUACACCAACUCCAUUUACAAAUGCUGUGCAAUUACUUUUAACUUUGAAGCUUGUGAGUCUUGCAAACGAGGUACAAGAAUUUUGCAGACUCAAGAAACAGGAUGUGACCUUAUUUUCCAAGCCCUCUGUGAUCAAUGUGAUCCCCAACAUACCAAGCCUAGUUGAGAUUUUUUUCUAUAGCUAUUGCUAUAUUGGUCUAAUGACAGGUCCUUUCUUUCGAUAUAAAACCUACUAUGAUUGGUUACAUCAAGUAGACUCCACGUCCAUCCCAAGCUGGAGGCCACUAGUGGCACGAUUAAAGACAACUCCAGUCUUUGGUGUCCUCUUCCUUAUUGUUUCCAGCUAUUUCCCACUGGAUUAUGUUAAAAAUGAUGAGUUCUAUGACCGUGGUUUCCUGUUUCGACUCUUCUACAUGGUACCCAUAUUCUUCGUGUUCCGCAUGCGAUUUUAUGUAGCCUGGAUUUUUGCUGAAUGCGGAUGUAUUGCUGCUGCAUUUGGUGCCUAUCCUGUGGCAGCAAAGUCUCGUCCUGGAGGAGGUCCAACUGUGGAAUAUGCUCCAUUAGAAAGAAACGCUGAAGGAAUGAAAGUGGACCUUUCAUAUGACUAUGAGACAGUGAAGAACAUUGACUGCUAUGGAACAGACUUCUGUGUGAAAGUAAAGGAUGGUAUGCGCUACUGGAAUAUGAGUGUGCAGUGGUGGCUGGCACAGUACAUCUAUAAAAAUUCACCCAUCAGGAACCUUGUAUUUGGGAGCGCCUGGACUAUGCUAAUUAGUGCCUACUGGCAUGGAAUUCACCCUGGUUACUACCUGAGCUUUUUGACCAUUCCUCUGUGUCUAGCUUCAGAGGGGGCAAUGGAGGCUGGCCUGAGGCGUCAUCUUUCUGACUCCGGAAAGAUGCUAUUCGAUUGGGUUCAUUGGUUCCUCAAGAUGAGGGCUUACGACUACAUGUGCAUGGGUUUUGUGCUCCUGACCUUCUCGGACACUGUUCGCUAUUGGCAAUCCAUCUACUUCUCGGUGCAUGUGCUGGCGGUCCUCCUCCUUAUUCUAGGCCGUGUUCUGGUAAUGAAAGCACCUCGUGGCCCAAAGAAUGUAAAGGAGAAGGAAGAAGCUAAAAAGAAGAGUGAGAACUAGGCAAAAACAUUUAGUGACAUGCUAGAUCCAAUAUGACAUUGUUCUGGAUCGGUUUGUAGCCAUGAAGUCCUUGUGGUUUUGUUAAACUGGAUAGAAUCAUUGAGAUUAUACUCUCACAAUGUGUUCUGCUUACACUGUGCUAGACUGUGAAAGCCACAUCCUAUAUUUUGGAUACAGAGAAUGAAGAGGUCUGUUUCAGCAGUAUUCCGAGACCUUUAUAGUUUAGUCUCAAUACAUGUGUGCUUCCUGGAGAAUGCUACAAUGUGUGUGUAAAUUGGUCCUCAGUGUAUAAGGCAUUGCAGAUCAGUUUUACUUACCAUAUUCCUCAACAAAAACCAUAUCAUUUUUCAAGUGACAAAGACUUGCAUUGUAUACAUCUGCGAUAGUUGGCUGAUCGCUAUCUCUGCCUCUUUCUAAUGCAUCAUUUGUUUAUGAUCUAAUCUGUUGCUGUGCCGAGCAAAGUGCUAUCUAUCGAUAACAUGGGGUGGUUUAUUAAAGCACAGGACAGACAUUACGACAAACCUUUCACAUUAGCAGUAGAGGCCUGCAGUGCAUUACCUUGUUCAAUGCUUCUGGAAUGUUUGACCUCCAAAUGUGUUUUUUUUUAUUUUUUUAUUAUUAUUGUCAUUGUUUUUUAUUAAAUGGUAGAAAGGAAUUU